AAUCAGCAUAGUAUGUGUUUGCCCUUUUCUCAACAAUGGACCACAGUGUUAUUGAUUUUUGGGUAAUUCAGUGUGGUUUGAUCAGCUUUAAAAUCCCUGCGGAACUCUGGAAACCCUCCGUGCCCUUUCUCCUACUUUUACUCCCUAUCCCACGUUGUGUUGUCAUUAGAGACGAACUUGUGCUUUCAGAUCUGGACGAAGGCUGCUGAACACCGCUGCAUGGUUUGGGGCCCCAGCACUGGCCGCAGGAUGUGGACGGCAAUUCACAGAUGCUUCACAAGGGCCAUGCUGAACCCGGGGGGUUUUAGGGCCCUGCGGCAGCUGUCUGGCAGAGGUCAGGCCCCUCUGGAGAUCCCGGUCUGUCCCUCCUCACGGGGGAGGUGCUACCAGCACACCAUGGCGGCUCCGCUGCCUGUGCCCCCCCAGCCCAUGUGCACCCCCAGCCUGGGCAUGAAACGGGCCAUGUACCUGGAGCGAGAGCGCCAGCUGGAGGUGACAUGGGAGAAUGGCAGCAGCAGCCGUUAUCCACUGAUCUGGCUCAGGGAUAACUGCCAGUGUGCCCAGUGCAUGCUGCAGUCGGCUACUGCCCGCAGCCUGCCCCUGUCCCACCUCGACGUGGACACUGGCCUUGAGAGGGUCCUGAUCACCGAGCCCUCAAAGGUGUCCCUAGUGUGGCCAGACCAGCACGUCAGCGAGUUCGACGCCUCCUGGCUGAAGAAGCGGUGCUUUUCCUCCUCGGCGCGCCAAGAGAUGCAGGACGAGCUCUUCCUCAACCAGCGAGUCUACUGGGGCUCCGAGCUGCAGAUCCCCACCACCAGCUUCCAGGAGGUUCUCCAUGAUGAUAAAACCGCGCUGGCCUGGCUUACCACCCUGCGGCGCAUUGGCAUAGUCUACCUGAAGGGGGCAUCGCUGGAGCAAGGUCAGGUGGCCAAAUUGAGCCAGAGGAUUGGCUACCUUAGGCUGACCUUCUACGGGCACACGUGGCAGGUCCAGGACAAGCCAAAAGCCAACAACGUAGCUUACACCUCUGGAGACCUUAGCCUGCACACGGACUACCCCGCCCUGCAGCACCCACCAGGCGUGCAGUUUCUGCACUGUCUCAGCCAGGCCCAGCAGGGCGGCGACAGCGAAGUGGUCGACGGCUUCCAUGUGGCCUACCAGCUGCGCCAGCAGAACCCGGAAGCCUUCCAGAUCCUCUCCUCGCUCCGGGUGGACUUCACCGACACCGGCUCGGACUACUGCGACUUCGCCGUGCAGUCGAAGCACCGCAUCAUCGAUGUCGACUCUGAAGGACAGGUUGUGAGGAUCAAUUACAACAACGCCACCCGAGACUCGGUGCUGGACCUGCCUCUGGAGCAGGUCCAGCCUUUCUACUCGUCCCUGAGGGCCUAUGUGGACCUCAUGACCCGGCCCGAGAACGUGCUCACCUACAGGAUGGAGCCGGGAGACAUCAUCACCUUCGAUAACUGGAGACUGCUGCACGGACGCCGCACCUACACGUCUGAUCCGGUGCGGCCGCGACACCUUGAGGGCGCAUACCUGGACUGGGAUGAGGUCAUGUCCCGCCUGCGGCUGCUGCGUAGGGCCGUCUACGGGGGGCGCUGACAGGUCGGAGAGUGAAGGCCACACCCACGUUCCUCAGUCACCUGCACGCCUGGAGUGCCUUUCCUCUGCCGCGGAUCGGUCCGGAGCCCCGACCCCUUCUGGCUUGGGGUCCAGCUCUGCACGCAUUGCAUUGUGGGUGAUGCUUUUUGCAUGAAUGUACGCAGGAUCCACUCUCACUCAAGUGGUUCCCAAAUAAUAGCAUUUUUCUGUAUUUCAUUAAGGGAUUUUGGUUAGUUUUAUGGUGUCGUCGUAAUACUUAACAUGGGCUGUUUGAAUGUAGAUAUUAUGAUUUUGAAUAAGAUGAUAUAUAGGAAAAUAUUUUCAGGUCUUAAAUUAGUUCUUAUAAAAUCAGCUAUUUUAUGCAAGUUUAAAAUGCAUAAUUUUAAAAUAAUACCAAGUAUAUUUUUAUUUAAAUUACGUGGGGUCAGUCAAAAUAUACCAUUUUAAUUUUCUAACAACAAAAAUUGUUUCAUGUAUGUAACGUUGGAAAUGCAGGUAUGUCUCUAGAACAUGACUUUUGUAAAUCAAGAUCCCUCAGCACAUGUACAAUGCAAUAACUAACAAUGCAAAACCAGAGAAUAUUUAUUGUGUAUAUAUGAAUUAUGCAAUACCUCAGUCAUCUAUUUUUUAUACAGACAGAGAUGCACAGAAAGACUCCUGGGUAAAAUGUGUUUUGUGAUGUAUAAGGGUCAUUAAAAUCAUUUGCUGUUGAAUCCUC